AAGUGAACAAAGUGAAAUCGAGGAAUAGAAAUAGAGAGAGAGAGAGAGAGAGAGAGAGAGAGAGAGAGAGAGAGAGAGAGAGAGAGAGAGAGAGAGAGAGUCAAAUUCAGGACAGAGGAUAUAAGUCAUGGUGUGGCAGGUAAAGGCCUGACAGGCAGUGAGUUACAGUAGGAGGCUGCUGGGGAUUUCCAUGUUUAGACCCUGCUGACUACUGCUGCUGGCGUUCCCAGUCUCCUGAGAGAAAUACCGGACCCCCCCCGGACAACUCCCUGCCCAGCCACCACCACCACCUCUCAGCUGCUCAACUGUUUUCAAGUGGUGCAGCGUUAAAGGUGCUGCAGUUUCACCUGCAUUUGCUACUGUAUUUGUCUCUCUCCUCCCUUUGUGCCAAAGAUUUGACCUCUGCAGGCUCCAGACAUCCACAAUUUUUCAAAUUCAAGAUACCUGCUCUUUGAUGCGUCUGCAGGUUGCAUCUGCUGAACCGCACUAUGCAGAGGAGUCCGCACUCAGCGAAUAUAGCUGCUCAGCAGCAUCAUAUGAGUGAAGCUGGGUCUUCUAAUAGUUUCGAAGCCCUCGGAUGCCACGAGCAGCUGGAUUCGAAGGACAACCAGGACUCUGAGGACCCCAGAGAAUACUGUUACGGUGGGUACCACCCAGUCCACAUAGGUGACACCCUCAACACAAGAUACCAGGUGGUUUCUAAGCUUGGCUGGGGCUAUUUCUCAACUGUCUGGCUGUGUCUCGACCUCAGGCUAGGUCUUCGUGUUGCUGUGAAGGUGCUGAAGAGCGGGCCUGGCUUUGCCCAGGCAGGACAGGAUGAACUUGCUCUCCUACGAUGCGCUAGUGGUCCUACGAGCCGUCAUCCCUCUAGUCGAAGAAUUGUCCAGCUGCUAGAUGAGUUCAAGCUGGCCGGGGUCAACGGGGUCCACACGUGCCUGGUGCUGGAGCUGUUGGGGCCCGACCUGAGAAGCUGGCAGCUAUGCUUUGGGAAUCCAGGACUGACUCAGCCUUCAGUCAAACAAAUACUGACUCAGGUGCUGCAGGGUCUGGACUACCUUCACACUCAGUGUAAAAUCAUACACACAGACAUCAAGCCUGAGAACAUCCUGCUGUGCCUGGAGGAGCAGUCCCACAAAGUACCAACAGGGGGCAGCAGCUCCUCCACUGUGCUAACUCUGAAAGGGGCCAAGUCCACAGGGAAGGAGAAGGUGAACCCAUACAGUUUAAAGGAAAUUACAGUGAAGAUUGCUGACAUGGGCAGCUCCUGCUGGGUGUACAAACAUUUCUGUGAGGAGAUCCAGACCCGUCAGUAUCGCUCACUAGAGGUUUUACUAGGAUCUGAGUACGGCCCGCCUGCUGACAUCUGGAGUGUCGCCUGCAUGGCCUUUGAGUUGGUCACCGGAGACUCCCUGUUCGAACCCAAAGUCGGCGAAUCCAUUUCCCUGGAGGAAGACCAUAUAGCCCAGAUCAUGGAGCUGCUGGGUAAAAUCCCACCACCUGUUGCCUUGUCAGGUAAAUACUCUGCAGAGUACUUCAGCCGCAGAGGUGACCUGCGUCGUGUCGGUCCACUGAGGCUCUGGAGCCUCUAUGAUGUUCUAGUGGAGAAAUACCACUUCCUAUUGGAGGAGGCUUCUGGAUUCUCAGACUUCCUUCUUCGCAUGUUGGAUUAUCAUCCGGAGAGGAGGGCUACCGCUGCACAGUGCCUCCGCCACCCUUGGCUGACCUCAUGAUAGCCUCCUCAAGGCCCUGCUCAACCCAUCUGCUUGAUGUUUUCAGCAGCUCGAUAUGGCCAAUUUCAGAACGUACCAGCCACAAACUCAGUCUGUGAGAUGUUAAAAAUGCACAGGGUGUCUUUCAUUUUUUAUACUAGAUGAAUCAAAAGAGUUAUUUAGGAGAACGUUUGUAUUUCACUCACUUUGAUUCGUGAAUUCCUGUGGAAUGUGGUUUUGUCCUGAUAGAUAAUAGGAUGCCCUCUCUGCUGGAGCCAGUUAUGCACUUUAAGCUGCUAAGGUGUUUUUUUUUACAUAGAUCUUUUCUGCUGUAGCUACUGUAAGUCUUUGGUUGCCUGCCCUUUGAGUCCUAUAACUCAGUGGUUCCCAACCUAUUUCCUCAAGGGACUGCUUUUCUAUCAUUUAGAAAACUGAUGACCCCUGACUAAGUGAAUUAUUUUAUGGAUAUUUCAUAUUAUAUUCAAAACUACAAAAUAAAGCCCAAUUAGUGAACUCAGUUACUGCAGGAAGUUUGUGUAAAACAAGUGAUUUGGAUGAAUUUUGAGCAGAUUAUUUCCUGUUUAGUGAACUCUUUAUACAAGUGUCUGUCCGUAUUAUGUAUUUCAUCAAUAUUUACAAUCAUACAGGCUUAAUAGGCUUCUUUUUUGUUUUCUUGUCCCUGAUGCUUGGUCAUUGUUUUAUUAGACAAUUUACUCUAGAUUUACAUUUACAUUUCUUCACAGACGUGAGCCUGCUGUGUAUAUUUUUAAAGUUUUCUUACACCCCUUAAAAUCAAGAAGGCCUUGUGACCGCCUAUGAACCCCAGGUUGGGGACCACUACUACUAGUAGUAGUAGUAGUAGCACAAUUUUUUAAAAAGAUGAUGACUGUCUCUUGCUACAUGGACAGGCCUGACUGGCUAGCCAGUAUGAAGUUGUCAAUUUGGUGCAAACCUUGCAGCUAUUAUUCAGUAAGAUUGUCUGUUAGUGAUUAAAACAGAGGAUGAUAAAAAAUGUAUACAGUUCAUGAGCUUUCACAUUGUAUGUCCUUAAAACAUGCUUUUCUUUUUGUUUACUUUUUAUACAGUGUAAUGAACAGCUUAAAAAACAAUAAAAGCAGAUUAACUGCAUUGUUAAUGUACAGUAAGUCACAUCAAGUAUUUAUACAGCCCAAAAAUCACAAAUUUACCUAAAAGGGCAACAAUACACAACACCCACUAGACCCUUGAUUUUGAUGAGGGAAAAUCCCCUUAAUCAUAGAUAUAAGCUGUUAUGAUUAGGGAUACUUUAGCUCACAAUGCUUUUUAAAAAAAAUGAAAGUGCCUCUUUCGAUUCCGUGCAUGUUCAAACUUGUUUACUUGUUUUGUCGUAGAACCUCCUGCUGUUGUAAAAGGAGCUCCUAAUCAACAUGUUUCUCUGAGCUUGUUUUAUGGUAACGAAUAGAUGGAUUUGAAUUUCUCAUCUGUUUUGUGCUAGUUUAAUUGUCAUGUUCCAGAGACCCCAUAAUUAUUAUUUCUCAUGCUUUUCUCAUGUUUUUAUUUUCUAAAUCUGUAUUUAAAUCCAUUCUCCUGCUUCCAAAGGGUGACAAUGAUGUAAUUAACACAUGGAAGAGUCUUGCACUUUAUUUCAAAAAAUAUAAAGCUGCACAAAUCAGUAUUUUUACAUUAGAUCAUAUGACUGCAUUUAAUGUGAAAGUGGUCACAAACACACAGUAAAUUAGUAGAUGACUCUGGGGUCCCCAUCAUCUCAGGAGGACUGUUUUUGCUUUUCCAGGCUGCAAACCAAACUCUCAUCAGCCUUCUUUCAAGAUGGAGUGGGCAGCUGUUUUCAGUGAAAAAGGUUAGAUGAACCUGUUGUACACUACCUGCCCAGCAGCAAGCAGCAGGCCGACAAAGUUAGUAACGAGCAGCUGAACAUUGUGGAGCAUUCUCUUUCCCUUUUUUGGGUCUUUUUAUGCCCUAUAGAGACAGCUGAAUUUAGGCAUUAAGGAAUGAGCUUUGGUCCAUAAAGCAUGCGUUCUACCAGGUGAGCUACCAGGGCGUCCCCUUAGUGGAGCAUUCUGAGCUUAUGAAGACAUAUGUUUGAUUUGUGACAGAAACACAACUCAAAAUGAUUACUAAUGUUGCUCUGUGCCUGCUGGAUGUGUCAAUAAGCAACAGUUUGCUAACAAGUAAUAUAUAUUAUGUUAAUGUUGUCUUUACAGCAGGUUCUGCUGCCCCCAAGUGGCCAAAAAAAUUUAUUAUUGCAAAUGCUUGGUCACACACAAAACAGUGGGAAAAAAGUGCUAUGUUAUGUAGCUCAGACGUGGACUAUUUUACCAAUGAUAAAAAGGGCAUGAACAAAAAAAUGAAUAAAAUAUAUCAAAUAUCCUACAA